GGCGUACCGCGUAGCGUUACACAUCACUUGACAGACGCACGGCACCGUCUUUCCCGCCAAAUCAAAUAUUGCCAUAAACACUUAUUCAAAAUGACCGCCGGAGGUGAGGAACAUGAGCCGCUGAUUUCUUCGUCUGUUGAUAAUCAACGAGUGACUUACAACAAUUCUCCCCAGGGUACUUCACCAAGUGAUUCACCUCGCGCCAGUGGUGGAGAGGUCACAUUGGCUAUUACUCAGACCAGAAGCUAUGGAGCAAUCGGUGGCGUAGAGAAGGUUACCUACAACUGGGCUGACGUAAACGCUUUUGCCACAGAAGACAGGUCGAGGAACAGAAAGUUCUGGAAUUUCUGGAGAGGUUCCUCUGACCGCAUGUUUCAACAGAGAAAGCAGCUGCUCCGAAAUGUUAAUGGAGCCGCGUAUCCCGGCGAGCUCCUCGCCCUGAUGGGAUCAUCUGGCGCUGGCAAGACCACGCUGUUAAACACAUUAACCUUCCGAACUCCAAGCGGCGUGGUCUCAAGCGGGACCAGAGCCUUGAAUGGGCAGCCUGCCACUCCUGAAGCCAUGGCUGCGUUAUCAGCGUAUGUUCAGCAACAGGAUUUAUUUAUAGGCACUCUGACUGUGCGAGAACAUUUGAUAUUUCAGGCACUCGUCCGAAUGGAUCGGCAUAUACCAUACGCACAGCGCAUGCGUCGAGUUCAAGAAGUCAUAUCUGAACUGGCACUUACUAAGUGUCAGAAUACAGUUAUUGGAAUCCCAGGACGACUAAAGGGUAUAUCGGGUGGUGAAAUGAAGAGGCUCUCCUUCGCGAGCGAGGUUUUAACGGAUCCUCCUCUUAUGUUCUGCGACGAACCCACCUCCGGCUUGGACUCUUUCAUGGCACAGAAUGUGAUUCAGGUGCUUAGCGGCUUAGCGAAGAAAGGCAAAACCAUAGUUGUAACGAUACAUCAACCGUCUUCCGAAUUGUACGCCAUGUUUGAUAAAUUGCUCAUCAUGGCUGAUGGUAGAGUAGCUUUCCUCGGAUCACCAGAUCAGGCUACUGAAUUCUUUAGAGAACUUGGAGCAGCGUGCCCUGCAAACUACAACCCUGCAGAUCAUUAUAUCCAACUUCUCGCUGGGGUUCCAGGCCGCGAGGAUUCUACACGACACACGAUAGAUACUGUGUGCACUGCCUUCGCAAAGUCUGAAAUUGGCUGCAAAUUAGCAGCUGAAGCUGAAAAUGCUUUGUACUACGAGCGCAAAAUAUCGUCCGGAUGGGCGGACUCGGCGUGGUCGAACGCGGUGUCGAUGCGCGCGCGCCGCUCCCCGUACAAGGCGUCGUGGUGCGCGCAGUUCAGGGCGGUACUAUGGCGCUCAUGGCUCUCCGUCACAAAGGAACCUAUGCUGAUCAAAGUCCGGUUUUUGCAAACAAUCAUGGUAUCGAUACUCAUCGGCGUUAUUUAUUUUGGACAACGUUUAGACCAGGAUGGUGUGAUGAAUAUUAAUGGAGCGAUUUUCAUGUUCUUGACGAACAUGACCUUCCAGAACAUUUUCGCUGUAAUCAAUGUCUUCUGUUCGGAAUUGCCGAUAUUUAUGCGAGAACACCAUUCAGGGAUGUAUCGAGCUGAUGUGUAUUUCCUCUCGAAGACCCUGGCGGAGGCGCCAGUCUUCGCCACCAUACCACUCGUAUUCACCACUAUAGCGUACUACAUGAUAGGCCUAAAUCCUGCGCCGGAGAGGUUCUUCAUUGCUUCAGGGUUAGCCGCAUUGAUCACCAACGUUGCUACUUCAUUUGGUUACUUGAUAUCCUGCGCAAGCAGCAGCGUGAGCAUGGCGGCUUCAGUCGGCCCACCGAUCAUCAUCCCGUUCAUGUUGUUCGGAGGGUUCUUCUUAAAUUCUGGAUCGGUGCCACCAUAUUUAGGCUGGAUAUCAUAUCUGUCCUGGUUCAGAUACGGUAACGAAGCGUUACUGGUGAAUCAGUGGGCUGGAGUUGAGAGUAUCGCCUGCACCAGAGAGAACUUCACCUGCCCCGCUAGCGGAGAAGUCGUUUUAACAACUCUAAGCUUCUCUGAGAAAGACUUCACAAUGGACGUGGUCAACAUGAUCUUACUUUUCAUCGGCUUUCGUCUGCUGGCUUACUUCGCCUUACUUUGGCGCACUCGCCGCGGUAAGUAAGGUCCUUAAAGUUACUAAGGCUAUGAGACAUAAAACAAAAUUAAAUAAUGCAACUAGGAACACAAUUUUGGAAACAGUUUUAUAAACUAUCAUUCCUAUAAACCGUCCACUUUCAUUGAUCGUCAAUAGGACUUUCAUUGAAAACGAUUUCGAAUUUAAUGCCUCGAAUAAUUUUAUGAACAAUGUAUUUCUUUUUGAAAUGGUGAAAAUGUCAAUAAUUAAAAUAAAAGUUUUCGAUUAUUUGAGAAUAAAAUUGUUAAGUAAUAUCAUCGCUCUUUUUCAUUUAUACCACGAAUAUAUGAUGAAGUGUUAGAUGGAAAAAAUGGAAAUGCUGCAAUUAUAAUGAUUGUAAUGUAAUGUGAUACUAAGCUGUAUAGCGCUAAUUGCUCAUUGGAGAUAAAUCAUAUUGAAAAUAUUAAAUACAUGAUAAAUUUAAAACAGAAAAAUAUUAUGUAAAUUGUUGAUUUGUUUUCAUAACAAUUAUAGAUUUAAAUAAUAAUAUAAUAAUUAUCUUUGGGGGGUUACCAUAGUAUGGUAUAAGCAAUAUCGGUUAUUUAUAAAUUGCAUAAGUUGUAUAAGAACUCUAAUAACCCCACCCCAAAUGGUGACUUGUAAGAAUUGUUUUCGAAAUUAAAUUAAUAUUUUUAAAAUUAUAUGUGAUUCUGUUAUCUUAGAUAAUAUAUACUUCACCCUGUUUUUUUUUGGCACAAUGCAAACUUGCUUAUAUUAUAUUUGAACGCUCUCGUGGCUUUUAUUUGUCAAGAAUAAUUUAUAUUUAUUAAUGAAAUAAUUACGCAAAUAAUAAAAACGUUGAUUUUAUACUGUAUGUAUUAUUUAUCACGAUCUAAAGUUAUCAAAAACUCUUUCACCUCGUUUUCUUGAUGACUUGAAAGUUAUAAAUUAUGUAGGC